AUGUUUUCCAUUUUGGGGAUUCUAUUUUUCAUUCCUCAUUUGUUUGCUUUGCAAGCUACAGAUCCAUACACCAAAUAUUCCCAACUCAAUCUUCCCGAUGGAGUGAAAGGGGAUUCAGUCUCGCUAGAUCCAUCCAAUCAAGGUCCUUAUGUGGGAGUCAGCGAUGGUAGAAUCCUCAAAUACAAUGGAACAGAUUUCGUGGAUUUCGCUUAUCUUUCCCCAAACAGGCCCAAACAAUUAUGCGAUGGUACAACAGAUAUAAAUUUGGGUUCAGUAUGCGGAAGGCCAUUAGGAUUCAGUUUCGAUCCUUUAACGGGUUAUCUUUAUAUUGUGGGUGCUUAUGGUGGCUUUUACAGAGUUGGUCCAAGGGGUGGAUUAGCUACGAAACUUGCUACCGAUGUAAAUGGCGUGCCAUUUCACUUUCUAAAUGGUGUUGAUUUUGACCCGAUAAGAAGAUCGGUUUACUUUACAGAUGCUAGCUUGAUAUUCAACUUCACGGAUGUUCUUAUGGGAAACCCUAUCAGUUCCGAUGAUUCGACGGGAAGAUUGAUAGAAUAUGACACGAAAACAAAAACUUUGAGGGUACUGCUUGACAAACUUCCUCUUCCUACUGGACCUUCGGUAAGUGGAGAUGGUUCAUUUGUAUUAUACGGCUCUGUCGGUACUAAACAGAUCUUCAAGUAUUCUGUUCCUCUCAUAGGGCCAUUGCCAGCAAAACCCCAAGCUUUGUUGAAUUUAACAGGUUCCCCUCUCAAAAUAAAGAGGGCACCAGAUUAUGGGUCAUUUUGGGUGCCUGUGAACGUGUUGCUUCAACUACGGCCUCGUCUGGUUCAUCCAUUUGGUUAUAAAUUCAAUUCAAAUGGAGAUGUGAUUUUGAUAAAGGAUUUUACUGCGGAGUAUUCUCAAGCUCAAGUGAAUGUGGUGCAAGAGUAUGACAGUUUCCUUGGACUGGAAGGAAGAACAUUGUAUGUUGGCUCAACUAUCAAUUCUUAUGUUGGCGUCUAUGGAACAAAAUGA